AUGGAGACGCCCAAUACGCAGAUACCGAAAGCAAACGUACCAGGGAAGCGGUUUACCACCGACUAUCCACUCAUUGAUUCUGACCCGCACUGGAGACGAGCCUUCCGAUACGCCAGGCCGAGGGACUGGGCGAUAGGUGCUGGCGCAGCCACAUUGGGACCUCUAUUUAUGUUAACGACUGAGCGAUUUGCACCUUCUUUCGCCGGCAAAGGCGCCUUUGGACCACCUUUCAGAUUAUCUAUUGCGGUUGGUGUCACGGCAGGUCUUGGACUAGUAUAUCAGAGGUCAUGCUUGCGAUUUUACGGCUGGAUGGAGAACGAAAGAGAGCAGGGAAUGGAUAUGAGGGAAAUGGUAGACAAGGUCAAGAAAGGAGAGCCGCUAUACGGCGAGUCACAACUAUCACCAUAUAUGCAGGGCGUUGCUGCUAGAAACUCGAGGUUUAGUGCCCUCAUGUUUCACAUAGUACCCAUGGCAAACUUUACAAACCACAACCAGCACGGCGUCGACACUGCUAAAUACUACCAGCAAGCAGAGAGGGAAUUGGAGGCAGCACGAGGAAGGUAG